UUCCGUUGGGGCUGAGAACUCUCACUUCAAGAUGGUUUGACUGAGGAAAGUAAACCAAGAUGAAGGAGCGGGUUUACAAUAGUAAGGAAGGAAACCAGGCAGUCAGGAAGUGAUGAUUCUUUCUUCCUCAUCGGAACGCAAGAGGAAGACACUCGCAGGAGUUUCACCGAUAGCAUGCCAGUAGAGGUGAGGCCUCUUCAGAUGCAGGAACAUGUUGGCUAUGGACCAAGGAGUGGUGGAGGAAUGGCUGUCAGAAUAUAAGACCUUGCCUGACAGCGCCGUGUCAGCCUAUGCUGCAUCACUUAAAGACAAAGGUGCUCUUGUCCCAGCACUCUACAAGGUCAUCCGGGAGAACUACAGCGAACUGCUGGAACCGGUGUGUCACCAGUUGUUUGAGUUUUAUCGGAGCGGCGAGCCCCAGCUGCAGAGGUUUACCCUUCAGUUCCUUCCGGAGCUCCUGUGGAGUCUUCUGUCUGUCAGCGCGGCAAGGGACCCGCACACCUCGGGCUGCAUCGAAGCCCUUCUUUUGGGCAUUUACAAUUUGGAAAUAGUUGAUAAAGAUGGGCAAAGUAAAGUAUUAUCCUUCACGGUUCCUUCCCUCUCCAAACCUUCAGUGUACCACGAGCCAUCUGCCAUCGGUUCCAUGGCCCUGACAGAAGGCGCUCUCGCCAAUCAUGGGCUGAGUAGGGUGGUCUACAGCGGGCCGCUUCUACAGAGAGAAAACUUUACAGCACAAAACAGAUUUGAGGUGCUAACCUUCCUGUUAUUGUGCUACAAUGCUGCUCUCAGCUACAUGAGCUCCACAUCCCUCCAGUCGCUCUGCCAGAUCAGCUCCAGAGUCUGUAUAUGUGGUUACCCACGGCAACAGAUCCGACGCUACAAAGGUAUCAGCACGCGGAUGACGGUUACAUCAGAGUUCUUGGUUCAGCUCCUCACGGGCAUACACUAUGCAUUGUGUAACGGUGAAGCAGAACUCGGAUCCAAAGCCUUGGACGACGUCCUAUAUCGAGCCCAGUUAGAGUUGUUCCCUGAAGCGCUGUUGAUGGGGAACGCCAUCAAGUCCACACAGCAGGGCGCAACUCUUAAAAACAACACUAAGGAGGGCACGCGAAGUAUCCAGGUGGAGAUCACGCCCACCGCCUCCAGGAUUUCUCGAAAUGCUGUCACUUCUCUUUCUAUACGGGGGCACCGCUGGAAAAGACACGACGCAGUGGAUUUGGGUUCCCCGGAUGAGCUGAUGGACAUUUCCGAAGCGGAAGAAGGCCCGUGGCCGGGUGGGGCGGCGCCCGACGCAACCCCGCCCACUAUCACCAUCAGCAACAGCGUCACCACGUUAAACCUGGGGGCCAAAGCCAUGAAGAAAUGUCGCCUCGGGGGCCGCGGCAGCAAGGACAACGACGGCGCUGACGUGUCCGUCAAACGCGUGGCGCUAACGUCCAGCCAGUCUGUGCCCAAAACGGGUGCGCUUAGCAGCCUGACGCGCACCGCUAGCGCCGUUUUCUCUCGCUCUUUCGAGCAGGUCGCCGCCGGUUCCGCCCCGCCGUCCGGUAACCACACCAACGCCGAUCCCGGCCGGUAUUCCUGCUCCCUGCAGGAGGACGGUAGCGGAUUUCUAAACUCGGGGCCCAACCACACGCAACGUUCGCCUAGCAUUAGCGUGCACCUCAGCUCGGACCUUUAAAAUCGCAAAUCUGUGAUUCCGGAACUGUAAGCCAUGCCACUAAGGGACCACCGUUUCAUUUUUCUUCUCUCUCUGUCAUUUUUUUGUGACGUUCUCUUUCUCUGUGCCGUAAAACUGCUUCGUGAUGUCCAGAUCCCGGCAGAGUGAGACCAGAAAUCACCCGAAUCCAGAUAUGGAACAAUAGGUACAUUUAUACCCUACUUAGAACUGACAUCCAAAUAUGUGGACGUCACAUUUUUUGUUGAUGUCCACAUGUGUGGACGCCAGGACUAAAUAAAUCUGACUAAACGGUGUGAAAAAGUAUUUGGAACUGAUUUUUUUUAGCAUGCCUUUAAGUUGUGUGGGUGAGUUUAAGAGUGUCUGUAUUUUUUGGGUUUGUUUUUUUAGUGUAAAAGCUGCUGAUUGAAUGACCGUGUAAAUUUCCUGAUUAAAAAAAAAAAAAAAAAUCAGUUUCCACUACUACUAAUGUUGCACCGAUACUGUACCGAUACCACGUUUUAGGGGAAAAAAUACCUUUUUCUCUUUUAAUACUAAAUUACUGCAAACUCAAACAGCAACAGGUGUCCAAUCCAGUUGAAAUGGAAGGUUUGGCAGCGAAUUGACAACAUUUUCAAAUGGAUCGAACGUCUACUAGUGUUUCUCAUUGAAAUUCACAGAAACGGGCGAUUGCACACCACAUGAUUGGACGUCUAUCUUCUUGGGAGUAGAUGACGGCCAUCUUGGGUAGGUCAACCGACAAGUGCGAGCCCGUUACGUCUUAAUACACCCUGAUAAAGCCGUAUUGGUACCGAUAUUAGUAUCGGUGCAACAUUAACUGCUACUCGAUGAAUUCCCAACAGCAAUACUAACUUUCCCUUCAGUGUUUUGCUAAAUCUUGCUAACGUUGUGGUCCGUUUGCACUUUGGUGUGCUUUUGUACAGAAAUCCACAUUCUUCCCUAACAAGUCCGUUGUGAAUCCGUAACGUUUACAAUCACGUGGUAUUGUUUCGGUGAGCAAUAACGUUGGCGACCUCCCUCGAACAAAAUUCAACAUGUUAAAACGUUCAUUCGUUCAGAAGAAGUUUGUAUAAGAGGGCUAUAAAGUAUUGAGUUUUUGCACUUGAAAGACGAAUUCUAUAUAUUUAUACAUAACUCGCAGUUGGUCGCUAAUCCAAAUUCGUCUAAUGAUUAUUUUUUAAUCGAGUCAAGUGUUUUAGCAAUCAGUUGUUGUUUUUUCUUCUGAUUCUCAUUCAACUCCACUCGCAGUGUGAACAGUCGUCCGUGUGCUUUUAACGGUUUGAUGUACGGUUUGGUUGGACAAUCGCUCGUGUCGGUUUACAGGUUGUCCGGUUCUGCUUUUGUUGUACAUCAUUCUGUUGUUCUAAAGAUGUUUUUAUUGGCCUUUUUUAUGUCAAAGGAUGUGCAACUCAGUGCUUCUGGAAAUAAAAGUAUUUCUGUUGACUC